GGGGUCCUGCAGAGAAUGAUCUUGCGGCAGCAACAGCAGAAUGCAGCUGGGAAAUGGGUCAGUUGGAGUAAUAGCUUUUUCUUUCCAUGUAGUUCCCGUGAGCUGAGCCAAACGUGUGCAGAGGCACGGGGUUAUCGUAUUCAUGAAUGUUUCUUUCAGCAUAUUGGGGAUUAAAUUUAGUCACCCAAGUGUGACACUGAAUCUUCUGUGGACGAUGCUCCUGUGUUAGAAAUGUGAUGCUGUGGCCUCGCGUUCCAGAGGGGUCAGCAGAAAUGCUGGUCUGAAGUAUUUUUGCUCAUACUACCUGCAAUCUGUUCUCGUCCCCGCACUGUGGUGUCGUUCUCCUUCGCCAGUACUUCAAGGCACAGAGGAGCUGGUAAAGGCAUUGCCAUGAAACCUAACUUGAAGCAAUGGAAACAACUCAUGCUGUUUGGAAUCUUUGCAUGGGGUCUGCUUUUUCUAGUGAUCUUCAUCUAUUUCACAGACAGCAACAGUGCUGAGCCAGUUCCCAGUUCCUUUUCUUACAUUGAAACGAAGAGGCUCCUGCCCCUACAGGGCAAGCAGAGAGUCAUCAUGGGAGCCAUACAUGAUCCUUCAUUCUCUGAAGCCAUUGAUGGGAAUGAGGUACUCCUUAAUGAAGAUCUUUUAGACACAUUUAAAUCAGAGACUGGAAGUAUUAAGAAAUGGACUGAUUUGGAAGAUGCCUUUAGAAGCGAAGACGAGUUUUUUCCAUCACAGGUAGGACGAAAAUCAAAAAGUGCUUUCUACCAAGUGAACGAUGAUUAUUUAUUCGCUGCUGGUCAGCCUAUGUCACACAGCAACUUUCAGGAGGUAGCAAAAUUCAUCUCAGCCAAUGAGGAUAAUCCAAAAGAAAAUAUUUUACAGAACAACUGGGGCCGUCAGAGGAGAAUGAGGAGAAGGAGCACAAAGCACAGAAGAAGCCAGAUGCUUGAUGAAUCUGAUGACUGGGAUGGGCUGUAUUCUACAAUGUCGAAAUCCUUUCUUUACAAGCUUUGGAAAGGAGAUGUCUCUUCCAAGAUGCUAAACCCUCGACUGCAGAAGGCGAUGAAAGAUUAUUUGAGCACCAAUAAGCAUGGUGUGCGUUUCAAAGGGAAACGAAACUCGAAGCUGACAGGCGACCAGCUUUUCUGCGAGCUGAAAGAAAGGGUGAAUGUGAGAACAAUAGAUGGCAAGGAAGCUCCCUUCUCCACUCUUGGAUGGGAGAAGCACGUUCCUCAGAUUCCACUGGGCAAAUUGUAUACACAUGGCUUUGGGAGUUGUGCCGUAGUUAUGUCUGCUGGUGCAAUACUGAACUCCUCUCUAGGGGAUGAAAUAGAUUCUCAUGAUGCUGUUCUAAGAUUUAAUUCUGCUCCAACACGUGGCUAUGAAAAAGAUGUUGGAAAUAAAACAACGAUGCGAAUCAUUAACUCUCAGAUUCUCACCAACCCAAACCAUCACUUUGUCGACAGCUCCUUGUACAAAGAUGUUAUCUUAGUAGCCUGGGAUCCUGCGCCCUACUCUGCGAAUUUGAAUGUGUGGUAUAAGAAGCCGGACUACAAUCUGUUCACUCCCUAUGUACAGCAUCGCAGGAAGAAUCCAAACCAGCCUUUUUACAUUCUCCAUCCAAAGUUUAUAUGGCAGCUCUGGGACAUCAUUCAGGAGAACACUAAAGAGAAAAUACAGCCCAACCCUCCUUCUUCAGGUUUUAUUGGUAUCCUCAUCAUGAUGUCCAUGUGUAGCGAAGUGCACGUGUAUGAAUACAUCCCUUCAGUCCGACAGACCGACCUAUGUCACUACCACGAACUCUACUACGAUGCAGCUUGUACCUUAGGGGCUUAUCACCCGCUGCUCUAUGAGAAGCUGUUGGUGCAGAGGAUGAACAAAGGUUUGCAGGACGAUCUGUACCGAAAGGGGAAGGUCAUUUUGCCAGGGUUCAAGUCUGUCAAAUGCCCGGAACGAAAUGAUUUCCCACCCUUGUAGAAGAGAGUCCUUCACAAACAAUGUACAAUAAGGUACUACUGUCGUACUAUAAACAAGGAGAGAAUACUUGAAAAAUGUAUCUUAGACCAAUCCAGUCUUGAGUCUUUAAAUUGUAAUUAAGUAGCAGGCAUGAGAAAUACUUCUUUUCUGAGCCUGAGUAUUUAUUACUGCUUUGCAAAUAGUUAAAGAAAACACAAAGCUUAGCUUACAAAAGGUGCAGAGGACAUACUUAGGCCGAAAUAUAAUGUAUUGUUGUGGGUGUGACCGUCGGAAUUUGUCAGUGGUCUCUUAUGCCACAUAUGCUAGAUUGUAACUUUUUUUAAAUGAACUUAUUUAACUGUUAAAUCUGGCAUUGUGUAGCAGCCUGUAUCACUUGUGUACAGAGCUGCCAUUUGAACAAUGCAGCAUUUCUCAUGGCUCCAUUGGAUUUUCACACUCUCCAAGAAUGAAGUAAUUGCUACUCUGAGCUGAAUAUUCAUUGAUUAGAGGAGUCUUUUAAUUCCUAUUCAUACACUGGUUCACUUGCGGGCUUCUAACUGUACAGGAGGCCUUAUGGUGGCUAUGAAAUCAGUGCAGAUGUAGAUGGCAAAACACGCAGCUAAAUCAGUUAAAUCACUGGAUGCACCCUUGGUGUCACAUCCCAUUGCUCACACUGAGCGGGGUACAGGGAAAAGAGAAGUUUCUCAUUUCUGUAGAAAGCAACAAACAUACUGAUAACCUGUUCAGAAAAAUAUUUUCCCUGAGAGGCCUACAAAGAGGGUGUAAGUGAGUGGGAAAUGAUGCCUUCCCACACUACGCACAGAUAAAAACUAUCCAGAGAAAGCCAAGGGAGACUGUGUAGCAAACACAAGUUGCACUGCAAGCAAAUGUAGAGGGAGCUCACCUUUCUGCAGCAAAGAUAGCACUGAGGAUUACAGACAUCAUUUGUGAGGUAUUUCACUGUGAUCAAAAUCAAAUUUGUUUGCUCACAACUUACUGCUCUUAAGAAAGUAUGGGAGUUGUUUGACAAAAGAGGAUAUCAGCAUUUUUUUACUGCAUGUUUGAAAAGCUGUACCCCAGAGAAGCUGUAAUGCCUGCAAAAACAAACUGACUGUGGACAGCAUGUGGAGAUCAUUUAAUAUUUUCCUUCAUGACACACAAUGAGAACAUUCUCUAAAGGCGAUUCUGAAAAUCGACGUGAACGCUAAGACAUCUAAAAUAUGAAGACUUCAGUUUCAGAUUGCCUCCUGAGUGGCAGGAGGAUUUUUGUGUGCUGUUUUUCUUUCCAUUGAUGGCGGUGGUUUUUUUUUUUCACAUGACUGUACCUUUUCCCAUAGGUCAAAUUUAGUAGAACACAGCUGUAUCCUCUUCAUGUCCAUUCAGUGAAAAGGCAGACAGUUCAAAAAGGCACUGAAAAGAGCCACUGAGAGUUUGUGUUGGAAAGUAUCUUUUGUGUUUUGUCUUAUGCAACAGUGAGACAGUAAGUGUGCAAAUGGUAUGAAUGACUAUUUCCACUUUGAUAGCAAUGUAAGCAUCAUUGUCUUUUUUUUUUUUUUUCCCUCUGCUCUUAGGGUCUGAUGAUUUUUUCUCCUCAAAAGGGAAGAAUAUCUCUUGCAUAGGGCUUAGCUUUCUUUUCCCAUGUAGCUUCUUAAUUUGGGCCUUAUGAUCCUCUAAGAUUCCUCUCGCUGAGAGGAAAUAUGUCCAGACAGUCUAAAAACUGUACUUCUACAUUCUGUGUGUAACUGUGUCCAUUAAUCAUUUUGGUACAUAUAAAAAGGAACAGAUUUUAUUUAUAUUAGCUUCAGACUCUGGAUAUAUUAGCUACUGAUGUAUGUCAGCAACUUUAUUCUUAAUAACAUUGUUAUUUAAUCUUCUGGAGGAUAAAUAACAUACUAUUCUAUUUUUUAGUAUGUUUGGUAAGGUGCCUGCAAAAUAUUUGAAGUCUGAGCAAGUACUACCGAAUAUAUCUGCCUUUCUAGCAUGUUGGAUUAGCUGCUACAUGUGUGUAAUGGAAGGGAGAUGGUUACCUUUCUAGAACUAGUAACUGCUACUUUCUGUAAGCAAGAAAUUCUCAAGUUCUGAAAAAAAGCAUAUCACUUUGGUCUGCAACCACUAACCUCAAACUCUGAUUUCUAUUAAAAAAAAUGCUAACUGUAUUACUCAGCUAUCCAUAGCAAGAUUAUGUUGUAUUACUUCUUCAGUAAGUUGUCCACAUAGCUGUUGCACAGAACAAGGUGGCUUUUGCAGAGUUCCGUGCAGCAAGUGCUAUCAUACCUACUUAGUGCAUCAUUUAAGUCAUGAUGUAGAACCAGGUCUGAGACACCAGAAAACAAGCUAUAUAUUUUCACUGUACUGGACUUUGCACAUUUAAGGCCUUUCAGCGGAUUUUUUUUCUUUGCUGGUAUGCUGAUGCUCUUCAACCUUUUGAGAUAUUUGUGCAACUGUUUCCAGGAGAAUUUGAUGUAUUCUGAUUUAUAUAGCAGUCACUGCUCCACCAUAAGUACAGUGUGGAUGCCGUGGCACCAUCACCUCAGAAGAUGCCACAGAACUGUGCUGCUGGCACUUACUUGCUUGCAAAGGGUAGAAGACCAAUUUAUGAUCCCCAUCUUCUUGAAAACUCAAGGAUCCCUAGAGUGGCUUUGUAGCACUGGUUUCCACUGUGAUUUUACAUUGGUCUGUCUGGUCAAACAGCUGAUGACUGCUUAAAGAGAUUUUGUUCCCCUACUGUCUUUCUUGUCCUUUGCUUUUUGAUGCAAGUGCAAAUACAUCUGAUUUGCUAACUGAGGGCUCUCCUCCACUUCGUUCAAAAGGGGAAGGGGUAGAAAUGGAGAGGGAACAUGAAGGACCUGUAGAGGUACUGCUAUCACCAGUGCUUACACUCUCUGUGGUUUUGGUGUUGGUGGGUUUCAUAGGAGCCCACCAAGUAUUUCUUGCAUUUAUGGGCAUUUCACCGUCCUUCACAAGGGCAAAGAUCCAGUCAACUUGAAGCAAUGAGUGUGUAGUAACACUGAAUCUGUGUGUCUUUUAAAAACAGUGAUGUGUGAGAGUGCUGUUUAUAGAUACUUACUAAAUGUAGACAGUAUGAAAGAAAAUGCAUCUUCCCACCCAGAUCACAGGGUUUUUGGAAGUAGAUGUAGGCAUGGCUUCAUAGCUCUCCUGUGCAGCUAUUGCAUGCUAGCAGAGAGAAAUGGUACCAAGGCAAGGGAGGUCUGCACUGACUCAGCUCUUGACACAUGCCAUCAGCAAAGCAAACACUGUUAUUUGGUGCCUGAGCUCCCUUCAGACUUGAUACAGUGAUUCAGGUUUCAAAUUUGUGGAGUUUUACUGACAAAUAGGAAUAAAUUGCCUUCAAAAGCCAGGGAGCCCCUUUUCUGUGCCCUGGUACUGUGGACAAAAGUUGCACUCAGUUCAAACUAAGCAGAAACACAGCAGCAUCUUAAGUAAACAUGCUGAGUUUAUUUUGAAUUUCAUUAAGCUCCACUGUGAAUUCUUUAGUCUUUCUGACAUGUGGUGCUCUAUCAUUUUAUGCAUUCAACCUUUGAAUGGUUAAGUCAAGGUAUUCUUCUGUUUAUGAAAGAAAAAUUAGGACAGGUUUUGCCUCAUUUUGAGCCAAAAUCUUUCUGCUAUAGGUAAAUUAUUAAUUGUUCCAUUCCUUUAUAGUUCUAAAGAUUACCUGGGCGUAGACUCACAGUUCAGCUCAGUUUAAUUCUUAAUUAAACUACUGAAUACUACUUUUUUUCCUUUUACCUCACUGUGCAGUUUUAUGCUAGUGAAACUCUGGUUAAGUUAGGGAAAUUACAAUGAUAAAAGAAAUUGUACCUUGAAAGAGAAGGAGCUUGUUUACACACUGUGAUCUGCAAUCUCUCUGUACAGAUGAACAAAUUCUGGAGCUUGUUCCUAUUGACCUCUUGGCAAAGUCAACAAAACCAAGAGAGCCUUUUACUAAAAUGAAGAGUAGUAUCUACAUACACGAAAUGGUUUUGCAGACUGAGCAUACUCAUUUUAAAGUUGGAUUGAACCAAGUAGUUCCAAAUAAAAGUCCAAUUCACAGUGAUUUUUUCAUUCCCUUCCUCCUCAGCAGUUCUUAAGGAUGGAGAAUGCCACUUGAAAGGUGACGCAGGUGUACCAUGAAAGGAAUAUCAAACACAUAGACUGCAAAAAUAAAUGGGUCCUCUUUUUCCUGACAUGCUUUUUAAAGUUGACACACAUAUUAAAUAAAUGAAAUUGCUUUUUGAAGUAGGUGAUUCGGAAACCUGUAGUAGGAGCACCGGGCUCUUUGCUGGAAGCUAUCCUCUCUCUCACACUGAAGGAGGAUACCUGAUUUAACUGUUUGAAAUUUAAAGUAGCCCGUGUCUGGGCAUGCCUGCAUCAUUAAAUGAGCUUUGAUACUGCAAAUUUCUUCUCUCUGGCUUAGUGAUCAGAUUCAGAGUUUUGUUCUUUAAAUAAGAGUUCUGUGUAAAAGCCUUACGUUUACCCAUAUCAUCGCAUCACUCCUAGACUAUGUAGUCAUUGAACUAUUCAAAUAUAGACUGUGUACUUUUUUAAUAGCUUUGAGAAUUAUUUUGUAUGAUGAUUUUUUUAAAUGAAUGUGUACUCUAAUAACAAAGCUUAAGAUUUUACAGGAGUCACAUUUUUAAGAAGUGUUUGUAUACAUUUUAACACUUUCUAUAUUUUCUAUUAUGAUUUUGUAUAUUUUUAUGUACGCACAGUGUACAGAUUUUUUCCUGUAAAUAAAGCAUUGGUUUUCAUUUGUUUAA